ACGCUUCACGAGCACCGGAACUAAAAUGCACCUGCCGUUCCAGCGGGGACCGUUUAGAGGACGCACAUCUGUCUCUCUCUUACACGUCAUUCAUCUCCUCGCUGCUUGAUUUCCAGGGUGUCUGUGCACAAUUCCUGCAGAAACCAUGUCUAAUUCGGUGUUUUCAGUUAUAUCGCGUUUUGUGGAGGAGUACAGGAGCAGCACACCGAAUAAGCUGAAGGUGAUCGACGCGUAUCUGCUGUACAUUCUGCUGACCGGAGUGUUCCAGUUCCUGUACUGUGUGCUGGUGGGAACGUUUCCCUUCAACAGCUUCUUAUCUGGAUUCAUUUCGUGUGUGGGGUCCUUCAUACUGGCUGUCUGUCUUCGCAUCCAGAUCAACCCUCAGAAUAAAAGAGAUUUCCUGACCGUCUCUCCUGAGAGAGCCUUCGCUGAUUUCCUCUUUGCUCACACUGUUCUGCAUCUAGUGGUCGUCAAUUUUGUUGGCUGAAUGAGAGCAUCUGCUCUGUGCUCUUACAGCAGGUGUGUGUACCAGUAACAUCUAAUGAAUGUUUCAGCAUCACUUUCAUGUGUCUAAUGUUUAUAUCACAUAGUUCAGACAACAACAAAAAAAA